GAGCUGCGGCGCGCGGUGCUCCAAACCGUGUGCCGGGCGGCAUGGGAUAAGACGCGGCCAUGGUACGCCGAGAUCGCCUCCGCAGGAUGCGGGAGUGGUGGGUUCAGGUGGGGCUGUUGGCCGUGCCCCUGCUGGCGGCCUAUCUGCAUAUCCCCCCUCCCCAGCUUUCUCCCGCUCUUCACUCUUGGAAGUCCUCGGGCAAAUUUUUCACCUACAAGGGACUGCGCAUCUUCUACCAAGACUCUGUGGGUGUGGUUGGAAGUCCUGAGAUAGUUGUGCUUUUACAUGGCUUUCCAACAUCCAGCUAUGAUUGGUACAAGAUUUGGGAAGGUCUGACCCUGAGGUUUCAUCGAGUGAUCGCGCUUGAUUUCUUGGGCUUUGGCUUCAGUGACAAACCAAGACCGCAUCACUACUCCAUAUUUGAGCAGGCCAGCAUCGUGGAGGCACUUCUGCGGCACUUGGGGCUCCAGAACCGCAGGAUCAACCUUCUGUCUCAUGAUUACGGAGACAUCGUUGCUCAGGAGCUGCUCUAUAGGUUCAAGCAGAAUCGAUCCGGUCGGCUUACCAUAAAGAGUCUCUGUCUGUCUAAUGGAGGUAUAUUUCCUGAGACUCACCGUCCUCUCCUUCUCCAAAAGCUUCUCAAAGAUGGAGGCAUGUUGUCACCCAUUCUCACUCGAUUGAUGAACUUCUUUGUGUUCUCCCGAGGUCUCACCCCAGUCUUUGGGCCGUACACCCGCCCCUCUGAGAGUGAGCUGUGGGACAUGUGGGCAGGGAUUCGCAACAACGAUGGGAACUUAGUAAUCGACAGUCUCUUACAGUAUAUCAACCAGAGGAAGAAGUUUAGAAGACGCUGGGUGGGAGCUCUUGCUUCUGUAACUAUUCCCAUUCAUUUUAUAUAUGGGCCAUUGGAUCCUGUAAAUCCCUAUCCAGAGUUUUUGGAGCUGUACAGGAAAACGCUGCCGCGGUCCACAGUGUCGAUUCUGGAUGACCACAUUAGCCACUAUCCACAGCUAGAGGAUCCCAUGGGCUUCUUGAAUGCAUAUAUGGGCUUCAUCAACUCCUUCUGAGCUGGAAAGAGUAGCUUCCCUGUAUUCCCCCCAUCCCCAACCCACUCCCUUAUCUGUUGUGUAUUCCACUUAGGAAGAAAUGCCCAAAAGAGGUCUUGGCCACCAAACACUAUUCUCUCACAAAAGUCCACCUGACGCACAUUGGUGAUCAGCAUAUAGUCAAAAGCCCACAGAAGCUCCGGCUAAGGAUGGCCCUAACAGUCCACCUCCUGUUCUUUUCACAUCUGAGCGAGUGUAUGGACUUGCCUUUGCGCUAUUAGGAAUUUCUUCAAAGUCUUUUUUAACACUUCUGUGGACUUUUCUGAAAUUUCUAGAAAUGCUCAUUUUGGGCCCAUCCUUGACCGGAGUCCUAUGGUAAAGACAGAGGAGAGGGUGUCUCCUGACUUGUCCUUGAACGGCUUUAAGGGCACAUGCGUUCUUAAGUUCUCUCAGCAACACAGCUUCAAGUGAGAGUGAGUCUCCCUUGUCAUAACUUGGGAUUUCGUUUCAUUGGCUGCUUUUAUUAAUAGACAUUUUGUUUAAAAUAGGGUUUGGUUUGAAUAACGCAGUAUUCUAAGUAUACUUUAAGACUACGAUUUACCUACAUGUAUUAUAUGUAUUUUCUAAGGAUACUAAACCAGCAGAUACUCUGGCAGAGGAGUGAACCUUAUUAAAUAGGUUUAAUUUCUGAAUACAUUGAAGUAAAUCCAGACUAUUUACAGAAGUUCCUAAAAUCACAGGAUACUAAGGACCAGUAGCAUCUGUGCCAGAGAUACACUGUUAUUAGCUAAUUCUGAUAGCGAAUAACAGUCUGACUCUUCAUACCUCAGUGCUUUGAGGCAUGUCCCUCCUGAGCUGGAGGGGAGGGGAUCGUUGUAUAGUCCAGGUUACCGAACCGAACAUACAGAGAUUCCUUUUCUGAUGACUGCUUAACUUAACUCUCAUUGGUCGUCUCAGAGAGACUUCCUCUUGUAGCUCAGUAAUUCCUGUACUUUCCACGCAGGAAAGUUCUAGAAACUUUAAGAACAAAUUCUGAAAGACCUAUGAGCAAAUGGUGCUGAAAUUUUUUUUAAGCCACAGCUUCACUGUCUUAGUCGAAACAGGAGAAUUAAGUGAUUAGAUUUUUUUUUAUUAGCAACUUCAAGUAUAACUGAAACUGGAAUAAGUGUUUAUUUUCUAUUAAUAAAAAUGAAUUUUGACAAAA